CGAGGAGGAUCCUGGUGGACACGGACAUGGACACGGACGACCUCCUGGCGCUGCUGUACAUCCUCAAGCAGGACCGGUCCGAGUUCGACGUCAAGGCCAUUACCAUCAACGCCAACGCAUGGAUCGACGCCGGGCACGGCGUCAACCAGCUCUACGACAUCCUCUACAUGAUGGGCCGGGACGACGUCGCCGUCGGGGUCGGCGGCGACGGCGGCAUAUCGGACGACGGCGAGAUACAACCCGACGUCGGCGGCUACCUCCCACUCAUAGACCAGGGCAUGUCGACGGCGGGCGGCUGCCGGUACCGGCAGGCCAUCCCGCCUGGGCGCCGCGGCGGGCGGCUCGACGCUGACACCAACUCCGGUGUAUGGAGGAGCUUCCUCCCGCGGGGUCCCCGACGGUACGAGCCGGUCCGGCAGCCCACGGCGCAGCAGGUGAUGGUGGACACGCUCUCCGCCGGCCCCACCACGCUGCUCCUCCUCGGGACCCUCACCAACGCCGCGCUCCUCCUCAUGGCGCGCCCGGACCUGCGCGGCAACGUUGAGCACAUCUACGUCUCCGGCGGGAGCGUGCGGGCGCCGGGGAACCUCUUCACCGCCUACAACGCCAACCCAUUCGCCGAGUUCAACGUGUUCGGCGACCCUUUCGCCGCCUACCAGGUGCUCCACUCGGGCGUCCCCGUCACGCUCGUCCCGCUCGACGCCACCAACACCAUCCCGGUCACCGAGGAGUUCUUCGCCGAGUUCGGGCGCCGGUGGCAGAGCACGCCCGAGGCGCGCUACUGCUUCCAGUCGCUGGACAAGGUCCUCAAGAGACACAGAAAGCCAGGGCCCGACCUCCAUGGCAGCACGGGUUAUUAUUUGUGGGAUUCCUUUGCCGCCGGCGUCGCGUUCUCUGCCAUGCGCAAUGGCGAGGCCAAUGGUGGGAAUGAGUUUGCUGAACUAGAGUAUAUGAACAUCACGGUCAUCACUUCCAACGAACCGUACGGCUUGCGCGACGGCUCGAACCCGUUUUUCGACGGCCGUGUGACACCUAAGUUUGGUCUGAAGGAAGGUGGAGCUCACAGUGGCCAUGUCCAGACUGGGAUCAGAGACAGCUUCUGCCUGGUGCCGGGAAGCAACAACGGAAGAUGCCAGGAUGGAUACACAAAGGAAGUGUCUGGUUCAGAAGGAGUACAUGUUCGUGUCGCGACGAGCGCAACGCCAAACACGGAUAACAGUAGCGCACUUGACAGGGAAUUUUUCAAGAGCUUCCUAGAGGUUCUAAAUCUCCCUGAACAAGCUGGUCGUUUCAACAUCAGUACACAGUUCCCAUAUUAUAGAGAAGUUCUUUAUAAACCAGAUUUCAUGAAGGUGAACAAGGGAAAGGCAGUAAUCUUUGACAUGGACAUGAGCCCUGGAGAUUUUGUUUCCCUUAUAUAUCUCCUGAAGGCACCAAGAGAAGUGAUAGAUCUCAAGGGAGUUUUGGUCAACGGAAAUGGCUGGGCAAGUAUCGCGAGCAUUGAUAUUGUUUACGACAUUCUACAUAUGAUGGGCCGCGACGACAUUCCAGUUGGCCUCGGCAAUACUACUGCAUUGGGCACUCCAACCCUUGGUUGCACUAAUGCUUAUGCUGUUCCAUUGGGCAGUGGUGGAUUUAUUGAUUCAGACACAUUGUAUGGACUGGCUCGGUCGUUGCCAAGAAGUCCUAGAAGGUACACUCCUGAAAGUUCAGAUGAUCCGGAACAUCGACAGCCACUGGCUUUUGAGGUCUGGCAGUCUGUCAAGAAGCAACUUGGUCCAGGUGACAAGAUCACUCUUCUUACCAGUGGACCUCUCACCAAUUUGGCCAAUAUUUCACUCUCUGACAGAGAUGCAAGCUCUGUGAUAGAGAGAGUUUAUGUUGUUGGAGGGCUCAUCAUCACAGGUGGAGGCCAUGAGAAUGGGAAUGUGUUCACUGUUCCAUCAAACAGAUAUGCAGAGUUCAACAUUUUUCUUGAUCCACUGGCUGCGAAAACAGUCAUUGAAUCCAAUUUGAAUAUCACACUCAUUCCCCUUACCGAGCAAACAAAAGCUGCUUCGUUCGGGGCUGUCCUGGAAGCCUUGGAGAUAACCAAGCAAACUCCAGAAUCAAUGUUUGUCCAUAAGAUGUUCUCCUUAUUGAACGAACUUCAGAGCAAACAGAAGUUAUAUCAACAUGUGGAUAUAUUUUUGGGAGAAGUUCUUGGUGCGGUUUACAUGGUCCAGGGAUCUGAACUGAAAUCAUCCGUGAAGCUGAAGCCAAUAAGCGUUAUUGCCAACGCAACAAAAAGCACAGAUGGGCAGAUUGUGAUCAGCCAGCAGAGUACAAAGCUGGUAACAGUGUUAAGUGAUUUCGAUGCUGAAAUAUAUUACAAUCGAUUGGCAAAUUCUUUAGCGAACAAGAAGCAGUCCGCCGUUAUUGGGAGCUUUGAAGAACAAAUGGCGAUUUGGAGCAGGCCGCCAAAUAAUUCAGGGCCUGGACAUAACAAAUUCUUAUAGUAGUAGUACUGAUAAGAAAUAUCAAAGAUUAGAUACCGAAAGGUCCACUUAGAGUACAUAAUGUUCAGUCGUCUUACCGUACUAGAAGAAGUAAGAUCCAACAGAGUUAAAAUUGUAUGAAAAGUACUUAGAUUUAUCUUCUCAAAAGAUGGAUUUAAUUGAUUAUGGUACUUGAGAGAGAAAAAAUUGUUUUGACUUUGACUUACAUGAAACAUCAUAAAUUUAGGAGGGGAAGAACCAUUGCCUCCGAAUUGCAAAUUUUGCAUUUGUAUUUAUAUGUAACAGCUGUAGCUUACAGAUAAUUCAGGACUUUACAUUAA